CCGGGCAAGGCCUUCUAUCGCGGUCCACGAAGCACGUACCUAGGUUCAAAACUCUAACAGCGCGAGUUGAUAUAACCUCGGCUGUAAGAUAUUCCCUUUGCAGUAUCCAAGCACUGCAUUUAUCAGUAAACAGCAGUAGAACAACGAUGGCGGAGGGAGCAGAUGCGGUGUCAGCGGCAUCAGCUACGGCAACCAUCGCGGUGAAAUUCACGUCUUCGGACAAAGCUGCUGGGCAGGUUUCGAUAUCUCUCGAGGGCACAGUUGGCGAGCUUAAGGAGGCUAUCAGGUCGCAGUUCGACGUCGAGCCGAAGCGCAUCAUAUUCCAGGGGCGCAUCCUAAACAAGGACGAUCAGACCCUCCAAGAUUGCAAGCUUAAGGAUGGCCUUACCGUCGUUGUCCAAGUGUUGGCAGCUGGAGCAUCAGCGUCGCCGUCGCCUGCCGCAGCGACGGCGCCUGCCGCCGCCGCGGUGGCGGCGGCGCCUGCCACGCCGAAUCCCGCAGCUGGCCUUGCGGCCGCCACGCAAUCGAUGAGCGGGUUUGGUUUAGGCGCGGUUAGCAGCAGCCCGGUGGGGCAGGCCGUGGCGACGGUGUCUCGACAGCCCGCGGCCGUGGCGCGCGAGUGCCUAACGACUCUGACCAAGGUGAUCGACAACAUCAAGGCACACCCGACUGAGGAGAAGUACCGCAAGAUCAAGAGAGCAAACGCGGGGUUCAGCCGGAAGGUUGGAGCGGUGCCGGGCGGAGAGGCUUGCAUGCGAGCCCUCGGCUUCGUCGAGCACGGGGACGCGCAAGAGAGUUGGCUCCUUGCCCCCAGCGAAGCGGCCUGGAACGUUCUUACCGACGGUCGUGUAGACAUCCAAAGAGCUCUGGCGAUCCUCCCGGGAGCGCCGGCGGCUGCUGGUGCGUCCACAGGCGGGUUCGCGGGCGGACUGGGGGUGCUCCCUCCUCCCGGGGCGUUUCCUCAGGCCGGGUUGGGGGGCGGGAUGGGAGGGGGGAUGCCGGACAUGGCGACGAUGGCGAGGAUGGCGCGUAACCCGGCGGUGAUGCAGGGAAUGAUGAACGACCCUUCGGUGCAGGCCAUGAUGAGGAGUAGCCCGCAGAUGGCGGCGGCGAUGCAGUCCGUGAUGGCCAGACCCGGCGGACUGGCUCAGGCAUUCGAAGCGAUUCAGAACAACCCGGCGAUGGCUCAGAUGGCCCAGCAGAUGAUGCAGGACCCGACCGCCCUUCAGCGAGCUUCCCAGAUGGAUUUCGGAGGCGCCCUCGCGGCGGGAAUAAACGCCGCACCAGCCAACGCUGCACAGGGUUUCCAAGCACCCUCUGCAGGCGGACAGGGGGGGGCUCCAGCGGCACCAUCUCCUGCUGCUGGCGCUGCUCCCUCGCCACCACCUGCAGCAGCACCAGCGGCGGCCGGGGGUGGGGAAGCAGGGGAGGAGGGAAAGGAGAUGACGGAAGACGAGCUGAUUGCGGAGGCGAUUCGAAGAUCUAUGGAGGACUAGCUUUUUACUCGUUGCGCUGGUUUCCGACGAGUUGGUUUUCGCGUGGUUCGGCGGCAGGUCUUGCUUUCCGCUACUCUGCAGCACCACGACAUUGUUUCGAUGUCUUCUAGGAGGGAGAGGGAGAAUAUUGCUGUGCGUCUGUGUGUAUACAAGCUGUAAACUAAUGCACGUUCCUGGCCCUGCACGCUUGUUUUCCCGGAUGUGGGAAGGCGGGAUGGAUACCCUCAUAUUGUACGGCACCACCUCGAUGGGCCACGUCGGCCUUCCAAAGUACGUAAAGGCGAGGCUUUCGCUGCGCUUGCAGCGUGACGUGCGUUUUGCUCGUCGAUGCUUAGGCGGAAGGUAUUCUUGUACUGAUAGGUGCUGGGUUUGACCGUAGUGAGGGUCAGACAACAGCAGUCUGAUAUAAAUAGCAAUCCGCAGGAAGGACAAAAUGAACUAUUUGGCACGUCGGUCUUGCACGACAUCUAAAUACUGCAGUAGAGGUCCCUGUUUGGUGCUACAUUUUCUGGGCACAUGCGGGCACUAAAUAGGGACCUCCGCUUGCAUUCUUCUCGUCCCACGGUCUGCGUUCGCCUUACGUACCCCAAGGCGCUGUUAGGACUGUAAGGAGUACAAAUACAACUGUAGUACAGAGUUGAGCUGCUGCAGUUUAGGCUUCUGUCGAAAAUAACAGCAAAUU